AUGCUCGUCUCCAACCUGCUGAAGAGGCGCCUCAUCUGGCUCCCAGAUGCCAUCGUCACCACCGACGCCAAGGUGGCCGUCUUUAGGGCCUUGAAGGAAGCCCUCGCAUAUACAUAUCCAUAUAGUGGGGAUGAGUAUUACCGCUUCACCAGCGGCACAGCUGCGUUGCGCAGGCAAGGUUUAUGUCACCUCGAGUGGGCGUACGAUGUUUACAGGGAUGGCGCCGCCACGGUGAUCAUGGUGUGGCAUGUCGCGACCGCGCUGUUUGAGACAAGUUACCGGCAGCAGAAGCACCCGCUACCACCAUACGGCCAGGCUGCCCUGACGCUGUCGAGGUACUGCGUGUACCUUGUGGCCUACGAGCCGGGGCUCCUACCGGACGACGAGGCAUGGGCGAAGAAGGUGUACAAGGACACGGUGACGGAGCUCAAUAGCUUAUUCCGCAGCUGCUCCACCGCCGUGCACCGCCGCGAGGCCCUGAUGAUACGCCGCGAGGCCCUGAUGAACUUCUCACCGGCUGGGGAGGAGGAGGAAAAGUCGGUCAUAGCCAAGGGUGUCAAAUUGGCGAAGCAGCUGGUGGGCAUAGAGCGAACGGAGUAUGGACCCAGCACCAGCAACAUCGCCGAUGACAACAUGCGCGAGGACGAGAAGGUGUGGAGGAUGCUGCUCGAGUUCUGGGCGGAGCUGCUCGUGUUUGCUGCGUGCAGGCCGACGGCAGGGCCAGAGGCGCACGCGCGAGCACUGGCCAAUGGCGGUGAGUUCAUCACCCACAUAUGGACCAUGCUCACCCAUGCCGGCAUCCAGGUCCCCAAGAGGCGCCGGGAGGAGCAGGCGUGCUAUGGAGUCUGA